UUGACUGAAGCAGUAACCCCAAAAUUUUCUUAUUCCCUUCCCUAUACCAAAUCCAAGACAAAAGUAGAAAACGAGGUAAAAUGGCCGCCGCAAGAGCAUCGGGAUUGGUACUACCACGGCCGGUGACCUUUGUGACCGGCAACGCCAAGAAGCUCGAGGAAGUCCGAGCCAUCUUGGGAAACUCCAUUCCUUUUCAGUCUCUCAAGCUUGACUUGCCAGAAUUGCAAGGUGAACCCGAGGAUAUCUCCAAAGAGAAGGCUCGUUUGGCUUCGGUUGAGGUGAAUGGGCCCGUGCUGGUGGAAGACACUUGCCUCUGUUUCAAUGCCUUAAAGGGUCUACCUGGGCCAUACGUAAAGUGGUUCCUGCAGAAGCUUGGCCAUGAAGGUCUGAACAAUAUGUUGAUGGCAUACGAGGAUAAAUCAGCUUAUGCUUUAUGUGCAUUUUCUUUUGCUCUUGGGCCCAAUGCCGAACCAAUUACAUUCCUGGGGAGAACUCCGGGGAAGAUAGUUCCUGCAAGGGGACCUAAUGAUUUUGGAUGGGAUCCUAUUUUUCAACCUGAUGGCUAUGAGCAAACUUAUGCAGAGAUGCCAAAGGAAGAGAAGAACAAGAUUUCUCACCGCUCAAAGGCCCUUGAUCUGGUAAAAUCUCAUUUUGCAGAUGCUGGAUACACUUUCCAGAUAGAUUCCCCUGUCUGAGCCAGCGACAUAUUUUUCUUGUUGCAAUUGCAUGAUAUAUCUUUUGACAACUGCAAGCUGGUCAUCUCAACAUUAACGCUUCUACUGUAGACAUUAAAAAAAAAAAAAAACAAUAGACAUUCAGUUGGGGAAGUACGGAGAAGGGAAAGAGAGUAGGUUUUCCUUUUCUUAUCUAAUUUAGUGGAGAACGGAGAGUAGCUUUCUUAUCCAAGAAAGAUUGUGGUUGACAUUAUCAUAAUUUUAGGGCUCUUUAUGAGCAGAGGCUCAGAUGGAAUACCAGAGAGCACCAAUCUCUUGUCAGAAAAGAUUUUCAUUUGAUCAACAUAAAUCCUAUCAUUUGGGCUUUUGUAGUCAAGUAUCUUACUCAUUGCUGGUAAAACCGAAUGUAUAUUUCAAUUUGC